GAUUCAACGCGGAUCGAGGAGGCAACACUUUCCCGACGGCUAUAAUGGAGAAGAUAAAUACCGUGCGACUCUUCGUGGCUGUCGUGGCCAUUGGAAUUUGCAGCUUAGGUGAGGGUGUAGGGGCGGCAAGCCGCUGCCCGUGGAAAUAUCAGAAGCAGAUCCACAGCGAGAUGGUGUUCUUGGAACCCGAAGAUGGAGAGCGUGUGGUUGAGCAUGAAUUGGUGUUCAAUCAAACGGGGAAAGAGGCGAAGAUCAUCAGGAGCUGGGCGCUCACCGGCUACGAUCAGGGCCUUGGCUAUGUUCGGCUCGUCAGCGGCGGAGAGAACCAUCCCAAUAUGACCCUGCAUUUCCAGUCGCAUCCUGGCGAUGGAAUCUCCUAUAAAGUUCAAAUCUAUGCUUGUAUAUAUGGUGAUCGGUGAUCACAGUCUAGUGAUAUACCCAACAAAGUGGAAGAUUUUAUUGAAA